GCAAACGCUUCCUGUGUGGACUGACGCUGCAUGAGUUCAAUGUAGUUGAUCGCUUCUGUCUGCACAGCUAACAAAACUGAACAAAGCCUAAAUGGAUCUCACCGAACAGAUCAACCAGUUGGAGGCAGACUUGCUGGAGCUGGGGUCGCUCUUGGAAAAAUCAGAGAGGAAGAGGGUGCAGGAUCUGCUCAAACAGGAGCAGAAGAAGGUGGAGAAGGAGCUUUCAGUCAAACAGCAGCAAAAAGAGCAACAGGCCAAGAGACAAGCAGACCCAUCUGCAGCCUCUAAAGCAGCAUACACAGUCAAGAUCACCAACUAUGCUUGGGACCAGUCUGAGAAAUUUGUCAAAAUAUACCUUACACUGAAGGAUGUGCACAAAAUCCCAACAGAAAAUGUGGAGGUCAACUUCACCGAAAGGUCAUUUUCUGUGCUGGUGAAGGAUCUGGAUGGGAAAAACCAUCAGAUGACAAUUCUCAAUCUGUUGUAUCCAAUCGAGGAAAAGGACAGUUUCAAAAAGCUAAAAACAGACAUGGUCUUGGUCAUGUGCAAGAAACAGACAUCAAAGAAGUGGGAUUGCCUGACAACGGUGGAAAAGCAGUCUAAAGAGAAAGAUAAACCCAGUGUUGAUGAGAAGUCCGAUCCCAGCGAUGGUCUGAUGAGCAUGUUGAAGAAGAUAUAUGAGGAUGGAGAUGACGAGAUGAAGAGGACCAUCAACAAAGCCUGGUCAGAGUCUCAAGAGAAGAAAAUUCGAGGAGAAGACAUGAUGGACGUCUAAACGACACUCACUGCUUUUCCUAAACAAGACUUAACUAAGUCUUAACUAUAUAUCUUCCAGGGCUGCAGGAGGUGUAACAUUACUGUUAAAAUGUUGCAGAUUUAAACUGAAGUUCCAAUUGUAGAAAUGACAUUCCCACAAUAUGUUGAAUAGAUUGACCGUCAUUUAGGCGAGUGGUGGUUUGUUAGUCACUGUUUGUUAUGCAUAAACCUAUCAAAGAAAAUCAAAUAGAUGUUUAGCCUUGUUCUGAAGUCAUUUCUUUCCAAGAUUGAUGAUUGUUCAUGAAUUAAACUGGACCAGGGUAAGUGAGUAAAAUGAGUUGACAUGUUCUGUUGAUCAUCUUAUUGUGCAGAAUCAUUGCAGGGAAACGACUGACAUUUUGAAUGUGUAGGUGUACAUUUGCCAAAGUCAUGCCCAUAUUUACUGACAAAAACUACUCGCACUGUCUUGGUUUUUAUAUCAAUAGUUUUUUUUUCAGAAGGUCCAUUGACGUACUGCUCAUGCGUUAGUCCAAUGUAAUCAUUUUCAUUUUUAAAAUAGGUCUUUAUUAUAGUGAUGCACAGUUUUCUACCAUAAUUUCCGUUUGCUCACAUUGUGGUUACCUCCAAUAUUUGUGAAUAUGUAAAACAAUUAAAAAUAAGAUAAAACUGUCA